GGGGCGGGAAUUGGGGGUUGGGUGCUGUCCCCGGAAAGAUGAAACUUCGCGCCUUGCUGACUCAACCGGUUUAAGGCCCCUGGGUCGGGAGAACUGGGGUCCCGGGGCCUGCCGUAGAACUGGGGACUUUCUCUUCCCCCUCUGGGGCGGAGACUUUCAACUCCAGUGACUGCGAGCAACCGGUGUGAUUUAGGGAAGUGAGAGUUGGUGGGGAAAAAAUCUCAGGGGCCAAGUCUUAUGAUCAGCGGGAGUCCGCUGGUUCUCGGUCCCAGGGGCCUCCCCCGCUUCCAGCGGGGACACUGCUGAGCCUCUCGGGACUGGCUCAUAGACUUCCCUCCGCCCAAGCGCUCGAAUCUGCCAGAAUCGGCACACCGUGGGGACCCCACCUCCAGCACUCAUACCCGUGUCCUCUGGUUACAGGCCUCACCUCAUGACGACCCUCCUGCUCCUGGCAGGGCUCCUUCCGGCCGCCGCUGCCAUCUCCUGCUAUGGAGACGCCGGACAGCCUGUGGACUGGUUCGUGGCCUACAAGCUACCUGCUGUGCACAAUUUUUCUAAAGGACUCAACUACAUGUACCUAGACGGGAACGAGGGGAGCUGGCAAGAGGGUUCCACAGCCAUUGACAGCCCCCAGGGAGCUGUGGGGCGGACCAUGAAUCAGCUAUACCAAGGCAACUUGAGUGAGCUGGCUUACCUACUGUACAAUGAUCAGCCACCCUUAAGUUAUGGAGUCCCUGGCACCACCCAGAGAGGACACACCAAGGGCGUGCUUCUUCUGAACAGGGACGGUGGCAUCUGGCUGAUUCACAGUGUCCCUCACUUCCCACCACAUGCUAACUCCUCCUAUAGCUGGCCCCAAAAUGCUUGGGCCCAUGGACAGACACUUCUCUGUGUCACCUUCUCUUAUAACCAGUUCCGAGAGAUUGGCAAACAGCUGACCUACACCUAUCCCCAGGUGUAUGACUACAGGCUGGAAGGAACCUUUGCCCAAGACCUGCCAGAGCUAAAACUUGUUGCCCAAGGCCAUCAUGUGGACCAGGGCCCCUGGAAUCGAAGUGUGACCCUCACCUCAAGAGCUGGGGCUGCCUUCCGGAGCUUUGCCAAGUUUAAUGACUUCCAAGACGACCUGUACUCAGGCUGGCUGACCUCGGCUCUGCGCAGUGACCUGUUUGUCCAGUUCUGGCACAAAACAACUGACGUGCUCCCUUCCAGCUGUUCAGACCCCUUCCACGUGCUAAAUGUGCUGGAGCUGGCCUUCCCCAACUCCGCCGUACCGCCCUUCAAUGCCACCCACGACCAUGCCAAGUGGUGUGUGGCACUCAACAGCACCUGGACCUGCAUAGGGGACCUCAACCGCAACCAUGCAGAGGAGUAUCGUGGUGGGGGAACCCUCUGCUCCCAGAUGCCCACCCUGUGGAAAGCCUUCUGGCCCCUGGUGAGGAAAUUUGGACCUUGCCCACCACCGAGGCCCAAGGUCAGGGCACAUUGAGGGGAGGGUGGGGAGAAUCUGGCCCAACUCCUCAGAGGGUAGUCUACCCACCCCUGCUCCUAAGGGAGAAUAGAAUAACUGGGAGUCUCCCUGAUAUAUGUGUUCUGUUCUCCUUCCCCUAAAAGCACUUCUUGUGCUCUUCAGUCUCUGUCAUGUUUUUUUGUGCCCAAAUUGCUCUCCUUGUCCACCUCUUCCCUUAGGGAAUUCCCAACUUUUCUUCUUUCUUUCUUUUUCUUUCUUUCUUUCUUUCUUUCUUUCUUUCUUUCUUUCUUUCUUUCUU